UUGUCCUCCUCAAGCUUCAACUGGAGAAGUGUCUGAGUGUUUCUCGGUAUGAAUUAAAUAUUAAUCUGCGGAAGAGACUUUUCUCCCCUCGGAUCAUAUAAACGAUCGUGUACAUGGAGUCGCACGAUUGAUAAGUUGUUCAAUCGUCGGACCGCGAAGUCGGGCUGCUAUUGGACUUGGAGGCCGAGAGCACUGCGCGGAGUGACAGUCCCGUUGAAGCCAGCGGACUGGGUGUUUAUCUGGCUGGCUAGCUGGCUAGCCCACCCCCCCCCCCUAGCUUCCCAGACAGCUGGGAGUUUUGAGGAGGAGAAGGAGGAAACAAAGAAUUUGACAGUACCGUAACACAGACGGGGGGAGAGGGUGUUGCCGUUGUCCCUUUCUCUUCAGACCUGCCCGAGGGGAUGGCACACCUCCGAGACAUGCAAAACCAGAAUUCACGGCUGGACCCAGAGGAGUACUUCACCAAGCAGGAGCGGAUUGGGAAGGGCUCCUUCGGAGAGGUCUACAAGGGCAUCAACAACCGCACAAAAGAGGUCGUUGCCAUUAAAAUCAUUGACCUGGAGGAAGCUGAAGAUGAGAUUGAAGAUAUUCAACAGGAGAUCACAGUGCUGAGCCAAUGUGACAGCCCCUUUGUCACAAAGUACUAUGGCUCAUACCUGAAGGGGACCAAACUGUGGAUUAUCAUGGAGUAUUUAGGCGGAGGGUCCGCUCUGGAUCUGCUCCGUCCAGGGCCUCUAGAAGAGACAUACAUUGCCACCAUAUUGAGGGAAAUACUGAAGGGACUAGAGUACCUUCACUCUGAAAGGAAGAUUCACAGAGAUAUCAAAGCUGCCAAUGUGCUGCUGUCGGAGCAGGGGGACGUGAAGCUAGCUGACUUUGGGGUGGCAGGCCAGCUGACAGACACCCAGAUUAAAAGGAACACAUUUGUGGGCACGCCUUUCUGGAUGGCUCCAGAGGUUAUCAAACAGUCUGCCUACGACUUUAAGGCUGAUAUCUGGUCCCUGGGCAUCACUGCUAUCGAGCUGGCCAAAGGGGAGCCUCCCAACUCGGACCUGCACCCCAUGAGAGUCCUUUUCCUCAUCCCUAAAAACACCCCUCCCACUCUGGAAGGCCCCUACAGCAAGCCCUUCAAAGAGUUUGUGGAGGCCUGUCUCAAUAAAGAUCCCCGCUUUAGGCCAACAGCCAAAGAGCUUCUGAAGCACAAGUUCAUCACGCGGUACACCAAGAAGACACCCUACCUUACGGAGCUGAUCGACCGCUACCGCCGCUGGAAGUCCGAGGGGCACGGAGAGGAGUCCAGCUCUGACGACUCAGAUAUGGACGCUGAUGGCGAUGACAACCAGUGUCCAAUGUGGACCUUCCCCACAGUCAGACCCAGCUCGAUGAAUAAACUACAGAAAGGCUACUCACACACAGACUCAGAGACAGCAGAUUCGGUGAAAAGGCAACCCAAGUCACAAUGCCUGUCUGCCUUGGUCACACCUAUUUUCAGAGAGCUGAAGGAGAAGCGACGGGCAAGUGGCAGUGGUGUUGGGGCCAUUGAGGAGCUGGAGAACGCCUUCAACCUGGCCGAGGAGUCCUGUCCUGGUAUCUCCGACCGCCUUGUCACACACAUGAUGGAGAGAGUGCGCAGGUUUUCUUUAAAUGGCAACACCACCCCAUCGUCACGGUAAAACAGCAGCUGGAUGUAACUCUGCCUGUCCCCCAUCCCCUCUCUGCCUCAAAGACGUGCCCCAGCGGCUCAAAUAAGGACCACAGAAAACACACCGUUUACUUCCUUAGUCCAGUUCCCUGUCCAGUCCCCUCAAGAGAUCUUUUAAUUAGUUAUAAUUAAAUAUUUUUACAGUUUUUCUUUAAAGAACGGAGAGUAUUUAAGACGAGAAAGCCAUGGCAUUUAGAGCGUUGUGUAUACCUGUUAGAUUAAGAAAAAAAAUCCUAUAAUAAAGUCUAUGGAA